AUGCCGUCGUCGCCGCGCGUCUUCCUCGUCCGCCACGGCGAGACGGAGUGGUCGCUGAGCGGCAAACACACGGGCCGCACCGACAUCCCGCUCACGGCAGACGGCGAGGAGCGCGUGCGUGCCACGGGCGAGGCCCUCGUCGGCAACAACCGCCUCAUUGUGCCCCGGAAGCUCUCCCACAUCUACGUCUCGCCCCGCAAGCGUGCCCAGCGCACCUUUGAGCUGCUCGGCCUCGGCACCGCCGGCGCCCUCCCCUGGGCCGCCCACGGCGGCGCCCUCCAGCGCAAGGGGUCUGUGUGCGACGCCCGCGUCGAGGUCAUCGAGGACGUCCGCGAGUGGGACUAUGGCGACUAUGAGGGCAUCGUGACCCCCGAGAUUCGCAGGAUGAGGGCCGAGCAGGGCCUCCAGGGGACUUGGGACAUUUGGCGGGAUGGCUGUCCUGGGGGAGAGAGCCCCGAGCAGGUGACACAACGACUGGACCGGCUCAUCGCCGACAUCAGGCAAAAGUGGCACCAGCCCGUCAUGAGCAGCAAGCACGCCGCCGACGAGGCCGGAGACGUCCUCAUCGUCGCCCACGGCCACAUCCUGCGCGCCUUCGCCAUGCGCUGGGCCGGCAAGACGCUCCAGGACGGGCCGGCGUUUUUGCUCGAGGCCGGCGGCGUCGGCACCCUCAGCUAUGAGCAUCACAACAUCGAGGAGCCCGCCAUUCUGCUUGGCGGCGCCUUUGUCGUUGACAUGGUCGAAAAGGGCAUGCAGAAAUAA